AGUUUCGAAUCUGCGUGUUUUGGGUGUAUACGCUAAACCCCCCAAUUUCUUGGCUUCCUCUGAGCAUCUUUACUUUCCGCUUAAACGUCAGUCUCGGCCUUCUUCGGGUUUUGAGAUUUCCUAUUCAAAUCUAAUAAACUAUGCAGCUGACUCUUGAGUUCGGUGGUGGACUGGAGCUGCUCUGUAAUUCUGUAAAGAUCCAUGAGAUCAAUGUUGACCCACAGGCUGAGGAAGAAAAGUUAACGAUGAAACACUUGCUCCCUUGGAUUCGCACCAAUUUAAUCAAGGAGAGGCCUGAAAUGUUUAUGAAAGGUGAUUCCGUAAGGCCAGGAGUUCUAGUCCUUGUAAAUGAUUGUGACUGGGAACUAAGCGGACAGCUUGACACAGUGCUGGAAGAGAAGGAUGUCGUCGUUUUCAUUUCGACAUUGCACGGUGGAUAGUUUCUAUAUAUUCUCUAUAAUUUCAGUGAUGAUAAAAUGUUCGAGAAGAGGGAUGGUGUUGCUUAUUAUCAAGAACCAAACUUGCUAGGAUAUUGUUGAUGCUUGCUUUUAUUAUUCUUUUGAGAUUUGAGGAAUAACUGUUUGUAGUUUGUGAUUUUAAUAUUCUUAUCAUAAUUUUAGAUUUUUCUCUUUUUCA